AAUAGGGGAAUAUAAAUGUUAACUUAUGUAAAAAUAAUUGUUUUUUUGUAUAAUUAAUUUGUUUUUGCGGCCCAGAAGCAUACUGUUUAGUAUUAUGAUAUUUGAGCAUAUCCUUGGGUUGCGAUAUUUUAGAAAUUUAUUUUUACAAAAGUUUGGGUCGCUCGAAAGAAAAGGUUGGGAACCACUGAUGUACUGUUUGAAAUUCUAUGCAGGCUGCCUGAAAUUGUGUUUAUGCUGUACAGAUGUUAUAUUUUAUUCAGGAUGCUGGGGAAGAAGUAGAAGUUUUAAACUCGAUAUUUGAGGGAGAUGAAGCAUUUACACAAAUCAGUGAUACCGAAUUUCAAUACAAGGUGGGAGAGGAUGGGUCAAUGAAAUCAUUUCUGAUCACCAUAAAAUGGCCUGAACAAUAUCCACAAAUCAAACCAGAUAUAAAUAUGGAUUCUUUCUACAACAAACAUAUAACCGAGGAUGUCAAACAAAGUAUCAUGGAGUCUGCUACCGAACAAGCUGAACUUUUGAUCGGGGAAGCAGCCACAUACACAAUUAUAGACUGGGCAAAAGAAAAUGCAGAAUUGUUAAUGGCGGAACAGCGUGAAGUUGUAACUAGGGAAGAAGGCAUAAGGAAUAGCGGUGAAAAUGCAGUUUCUAAGAAAAAAGAGAAGAAAGAACAAUUGACCAAAGCACAGAAGCGGAAAUUAGCAGACAGAUUAAAUGCAAGUGGUGAACGUGCCAGAGGUUGGAAUUGGGUAGAUGUUGUUAAACAUCUUUCCCAGACUGGACGAACGGAGAGCUGAUCUGACCCACAACUGAAAAGAAUCUAGCGUGACCUCACAAUAGGCACUGUGGCAGGUAAAUCAACAUCAUGAAAAGUGAUCUGCAUGCCAUGGGUAAUGUAAUACUUGACUGGAUGACGUGAACUACAGUGUAAUGAAGAACAGUAAACCAUUUUUGUGCUUAAACAUAGACUUCAGGUGGUCGUUUCAGUUUGCUGUGAUCGAUGUGGACACUCUGAUACAGCCUGUUGGAGAUGAAUCAUUUACAAAAAUUCAUAAUUUGAUUUUUUCCUACAAUUGCUUAUUUGGGUUACCUCAGUAAUGAGCAGAACCAAGUACAUUUUUUACUGUAUUUGUGCUCUCUUGCAGUUACUGAAAUAGUGUGAGGUUCAAUGUUAUGGUGGAGAAUUAAAAUUAUAUUAAUCGCGAGAGAUUGGU